AGUUGCCGAAAAUCCGCCUCUUCAAAAGCAUCACCACGUGACUUUCCCCAGCAACCAGGGAUGUCUUCAGAUCCGCACGGUGGAAGGUGCUGGACCUGAAUGUCUGUAGAGCCGAGUGUAAAACGAGUCUACAGUAGAUUAAAAAGUAAUUUGAUUCUGACCUUCACUUUCUUGAUGGUUCGAUUACUCGGCUAGGGGUUCUGUUCGUUCAGGCGUUGCAAGUACUCGGCAUGAAACCUGCAAGCAAUGAUUUUAAUGUAACUGCGCACCUGCUGAAAUCAUGAGUCACCUAAAUUCUAGUUUCUUAUCAGCCUAUAACAGCCUUGCAGACAAGCACCUGGCUGGGUACUUUAAUAACACAAGGAUAAGGCGGCACCUUCAGCGAGCUGGACUGAUCACUCGAAGUGGGGGCAUUGUUCCAGAGAAGGAGCUCAGGCUCAAACUUAUCCGGAGGGACCACCAGCGACGCAUAAGAGCGUGCCUGUCCCAGGCCAUAUUCCACAAGGUGCUCGAUAUCGAGCGUCAUCGUAGGAUAGAAAUCAAAAGGAAGCUGGAGGAUUUUGCACGGAAGGAGCAUGUGCAUAAAAUGAAGGUACAACAUUCCAAAAGGCACAGUGAAGGUAUUGUGCCCUUGAUAUCUCCGAAGCCACCACCAGGGCCCCGGAACAAACACGCUCUGCAUUCUGGGACAGAGGGGGAGCAGUCCGAGUCCUCCUUAUCACCCGGCUCCUCCCAGCCCAGUUCAGCCCCCGGGAGACGGCAGAGGCCCGUCCGACUCCAGCCCCUCUACAGCAACAGCACCACCGCCUCCACCCAGAGGGCCCCUCACUGCUGCAGAUGCAAGGACUCCUCCGACGACACGGAGCCCUACCGCUGCAGCACGCUCAACAGGGAGACCAGGAGACAUGGGACCAUGCCUGAGUUUACCAGUGGGAUAUCCCCCUACCGGCUUCCUGUCAUCAACAAUUAUGUGAUGCCAAUACCCCCUCCAGCCAAUAGGAGUGAGAGGAGUUCCAAAGGCACUACCAACGGAAGGACAAGGGGCAGAAGCCUGCGGCCCACCACUGCCCCGGACGUUCCUGCAGUCACAAAGGACUCUAGGUUCCACAAGACAGCGGUGCACAGCAACGUGUCGGUCACCAUGACGUUCUAUGGAAAGGUGGUUCACCUGAUUCCCGACACAGUGGACAGGAGGGACGAGGUCAGGGUCUUCCAGCAACACUGCGGAGGGGAGAAUGUCUGCGUCUACAGAGGCAAGCUGGCAGAAGGAGAGGCCUUCCAGUUUGUCUCCAGGAGGCACCUGGGCUUCCCCUUCAGCCUCACCUUCUUCCUGAACGGCAUGCAGGUGGAGCGGCUCAGCUCCUGCUGUGAGUUCCGACACCGGAGGGGAUCCCGUCUGGGAGGGAAACGCGGCCAAUUCGGAUUCACCGUCGUGGACGGCGCCUCCCCGUGCUACAAGUGCAUCAUUGCCUUGGGUUUGGACAAGAAGCCAACCCCUCCCCCGAGGAGACUCCAUAGUGACACAGGCACUGCAGACACAGCAGGCAGCUCCUCCUUGCAGAUGGCUGUGGUGAGCAGAAAGGCCAGGGCAGAGGAGGCGGUGGAGCACCCCCAGUCCCGCCCAGAGUCCAGGCUGGGUCAGGCCGAGCACCACGCCAUGGAGUCCAAAGCACAAGAGGUUCAUCCUGAGGAGAAUGAGCAGGGAGCCCAAGAUGACUAUGAGGAAGACUUUGAAGAGGAAGAUGAAAGAGUGGAUGAAGAUGCGGUGAAGACGAGAGCCUGUGCUCUGGUGAACGGGGUGUCCUCUUGCCCCUCUCAGGAGGGUGGAGAUUCCCACUCUGACAGCAAAGAGGAUGAAGUGCAGGACCACCAUGAGAGGGAGGAUGAUGACGAAUGCAGGUACUCUGACAGUGAGGCAGAAGAGGAAAAAGCCAAAGAGAUGAAAUCUGCAUCUAUCUCCUCGGGGAGCGUCUCCCCCUUCUCAAACAGUAGGAAGGAAGACCCAGACAGUGAGGCAGAGGAGGUCAAGGAAGUCAUUAAGGACAAUAGAGUGGACCCAUACUCUGGAGCCCAUUACCCGACAGAGCUGGGGAGAAAUGGACGGACUGUCCAGGAUCCCAAAACAGGCCAGGGAGGAGACACCACCGCACCUGCACUUAAAGACAAGCCAAAGGAAGAAGAGUACCUGGCCCUGGGGGCUGCUGGGAACACCAAAGACCAGCCCGACGCAUACUCUCACCCCACCUCAAUGAGAGAGCUGGACAGCGAGACACAGGAAGUUCAUGGAAGUGAUGCAAGUGAGGCUAGUUUGGAGGAGUCGGACAGUAGCAUGCCAUCAGAGGAGAAAGAAGCCACAAAAUGGAGUGGGGCAAAGCCAGAGAAGGACACUGGGGAAACUCAGAGUGCCAAGUCUGUACAGGAAAAGCUCACUGCAGCCGUAUCCAAGGAAACCCACAUCAGCUCAGAACUAGAAAUGAGUGACAGCAGCUCUGAUGGGGAUGAACCGCCCACCAUAGACCCAGACAGAACACCGGAGCCGGACCAAACUGAUACAGGUGUGGAGGCAGCGGCUGUUGCAAAGAAGAGGAAUGCUGAGGAGAGGGCAGUAAGCAGCGAUGGAGCUCUGAAUAUCUCCACUGUGGAUCCGACUCCACAAGAAGGAGAACUCGGGUCUCUGGAAAUGGGAGAAGAACAAGAAGCAGACCAGUGGACAGAGGAGGCACGUCCUGACAUGGAGGUUAAGGAGGCGGCGGCAUUAGGGGACAGGGAUCUGCGGUCAGAAGAGCCAGCGAAGAAGGGGGAAGAGUCUGAAGAGGAAGCACAAAAGAGUGGAAAUAGCAGUACAGGGACAGACUCACAGGCAGAUUGCGCUGAAACAGAGACGGUAGGCCUCGCUGCGGGAGAAGGAGAUCGGACAGACCAGAUGGCAGAAGACAGUGGGACCCUGACUGAAGCUCCGGACCUCAAGGCGCAGGUUAUGGAAGAAAAGAAAGUGAAAGAGCAUGAGACUGAGAAAGGACAAAAAGAGGGCACAGAGUCGACUGCCUCUGCUGAGGCCACUGCCUUCGUCGUAGAGAAGCAGGAUGUGAAAGCAGAGGACACUGGCGAGGAUGAGGAGAUGGUGGAAAAGGCUGAGGACACAGAGGCACUGUCGGAUGCUGCAGUCACAGUGGCUGGAACCAGAGCAGAACGUCCUACAGAGACAGCUGAGAUCAGUAAUGCAGAAGAGGAGACAGAAGCUGAGCAGGAAACAACUGACAGUGCGAAUGGAGAGGCAGAGAUGAUGGAUGGAGGAAAGGACAGAGCUGAGGGAGAAAAUGAAGAGGAGGCCGAGACCCCAGCGGAAAAACCUAAAGAUGAAGUGGAGGAGGAAGAUGGAGGGGAAGCACAGACUGGGACAGGUGACACUGAUUCCAAAACAGAAAUGACCGAUGAUGCAAACAAUGAGAAAGUGGCAACUAUGCUGGAGGACAGUGAGGCUGCAGACAUUCCUGUGGAAGAAGCUGAGAAAAUCAGUUGGGGGACUAAUACAACAGAAAAGGAGAACACAGAAGGGGAAUCCAGUGUUGGCGAGAAAGACAAGGGACUUGAGGGUGAAAGUAAGGCAGCUGAAUUGCUUGAGGAGAUGAGUGCAAAAGAGAAGGAGCCUGUAAGGUACACUGAAGCUGAGGCAAAUGGGUUAGAAACUCAGAUAAAGGAAGGAGAGAUGGAAGAGAUGGAAUCCACAGGAGAGGCAAUUGAGGAGGCCCCAGUGGGAGUAGUGCCCAAGCGUGAGAUUGAUGAAGAGCCUACCGUAGACCAAAAACUGGGGGGAAAAUCCAGCCCCGGUGAGACCAACAUGACACCAGCUUCAGCACAGGAAGCUGAGACUCUACCAGAGGAAACUCUGGAUAUGACCGAAGGGACACUGUUAGAGGUAGAGUGCACAGAGAGAAGAAUCAAGAAUGGAGACACUGUGGACCAGGGAGAGGGAGAGGAGGCUGUAGAAUCCUCAAGGCCGAGGACGAUGGCUCACCCGGGUGAGCGUGACCUGUUGAAUACAGAGACCGGAGGGCUGGAAGUGGAAACUGAGACUGAAGUACCUGGAGACGGUAUUGACGUUGUUAAGGGCGAUGCUGAUAUGAAAGAGGAAGAGCAAAAGGUCAGAGCUGCGGUAGGGCCUGGGGUCGGAACAACGCCGGAAGAGAACGAGGUAAAUAUUGACACCGCGGGUCUCCCAGAUGAAAGUCCUAGCCAGUCAAAGCUGCAGGAAAAGACGGGGGUGGUUAAAUCGGAUGUCACAGGCGCUGGGCUCCAGCCAAAAUCAGAAGAUCACCGGUCAGGUCACCAGGCCUCACAACUAGAAGAAAUCGAGGAGGUCGACAAAGAAGCUCCCGAAGUGGAUGCCGAUGUGACCGAGUGCAAUGGAGAUGGGAGUGAAGGCAAGUUGGAAGACUCUUGGGUGAACACAGACCAUAGAGAUCCCCAUAGUCAGGAUGAAGGCUCGUUGAACAGCACAGAGAUCGGUGGGGAGGGCAGUGAGAAUGUGAACGGUGAAGGGACGGGCAUCCCACACAAACCAGGAGGUGCUGCUCUUGAAGUAGAGGGCACUGCAGCCGACUCCACGGCGGACGGGGAUGAAGACAGGCCUGAGGAGGAGCGGAGAAAGAUGGGUGAGGAGGAAGAGGUGACUGCAGGGAGGAAAGAGGAGCAAAACACAGCAGCUCUAGAGAGCACCUGGAAUGCAGCGAAUAGCAGAGUGGACUCUAAGCAGUCAGUGUCCCGUUCCAAAACUGAGCUCGGAAAAGGAGCGAAAUUUCCCCCGCCACUGAUUAGGAGAAGUAGAAGCUACGCACUAACGAUUGCAAGGGAGGGGCUGAGCCUGCAGACACUUGCAGUGAGUGACCGUGAGAGAGAAAGCCCUCUUGCGUAUGCACAGACAGCAGCUGCAAUCACGGGGAAUGCCUUUACAGCAUCAAAUCAGACACUUCAAAGCAUCACAACCAAGGUGAUAGAGGACUUGUGAUUCCUGAAUGCACAGUAACAGCAAGGGCUUUGAUGGACUUUGACUUUGGCUUUGAUGGACUUUGGCCUGUUCAGAGUGAAAACUCAAGAUUUUUUUGUGCUGUAUUUUACAGAAUUGUAACUGUAAAUAGCGUGGGUGUAAUGUGUAAAUACCUUGCAGAAUGAAAUUGAACAAAAAUCACAAAAACAGGGAAGGGAGUCAAAGCUCACAUCCAGUUAUCCAGCAGUAACCUGUUUCUAAUGAGCUAGCAGUUGUGAAAGCGUUGGUCGUGCAGAGAGAGAGAGAGAGAGAGAGAGAGAGAGAGAGAGAGAUGUCUGUGGUGGCGUAUCUCCGCCCUGCACGGCGGACACGUAUCUCGUCUCCCUCUCAUUGUUUCCGUUGUCUCCCAAUGACAACGGUGACCUGACACGAGAGAUGGGCCCCGCGCUGAAAGAAGGUGCGGAGCGAGCCUUUCAUCGAGGCCCAGAAAGCCGACACCCCCCCCCCCCACCCCUCCCCAAACCCAGCCCUGCUCCCGCGGCAGAAAUAAUUAAUAUCCAGGGCGCGUGCGGGUUUGACGUCACACCGCGCCGUAUGGCGAAGCGUUCGGGCACGAUCGUCGUCUCAACAGGCCUCCGGCGCGGGGCAGGGGGAGGGCGUAUGCCACAGCUUACGCCCCUACGCGCGGUGCCGAAAUCACGCCCUUUGUGCGAGAGCGCGUAGAAAGGCGUUCGUGUAGAGCACUUGCGCCCGCGAAUGUAGCGCGCUUUCCACACACGCGCGGGUCCAGUCGGAUUCGGGGUGAAUUGCACGGCACGCCGUCCCUCUGACGGUGUCAUUCACUUGAACCUGCUGUGUGUGAAAAGAAGUGUUCAUUCUGAAUGUGUUGAUUGCUGCGCAGAAGUGUUAUUUAAUGUAAUAUUAAGCUGUAUGGCAAAUACACCAGCUGUAUUUCAAUGUUCAACGCUGAUUUUUCAAUGAAAUUACACCAUCCGUGAUUAGCUCUAUAAUCUCACUCAUACACUGCCAUGUACUCAGUUAUAUCCAACGUACUUGUAUGCAGUUGACUGCUGUUGACAAAACAGACAUGAGUGUCAUAGGAAUACUGUAUUUUGAUGAUCUUUUAUUCUUUUUGUGAAGUGAAUGGAAAGUACCAAUCAGAAAUAAAUACACUGCAUAUAUUUAUAUUUAAACGUAAAUGCUGCUAUUCCUGCUAAAAUAUGUUUGUGUGUUGUAACUGAUCAGGGUUUGUUUUCUUGUGUUUACAUCAUUCAUGGGUUAAUUUUGCAAAAAUAUUUUUGCUAAGCACAACUAUAGCUUCAGAUUUAAAUUGAAUCAGCAUGAAGAUACACUGCUUCUUUGAAUAGGCCACUUCUGGUGCUUUUAAGUGGAAAUGCGCUGCUGUUGCAAUUGAAGGCCUUCAUCUGAAGUUCUGUUUAAUUUAGAUUUUAUUGCUUGUCAAGGAUGAAUUAAUCUUUUUCCUUUGCUUGUUUUAUAAUAUUUUUCAACAUCAUUCAGAUCUUCCUUCGUGUCGCUGAGAGAUUCUUUUUUGAAUAUAUUUUGCUGCAGAUAAGAUCCAGGAAGGUUUUUUGAUAAAUUACUUUUAAUAUAUAUAUUCUAUUUGGGCACCAUAUUAAGCUUUUCCCUUUAUCUAUUUUCCUGAGGACUGUUAAAACUGUAGUCCCACUUUCUUUGCCAUCUAUUCAUUUUCACUGCAACAAUGUAUGGUCCAUGUUAAGUAAACACAACCAUGGAAUUCAUAACAAAGGCAUUGUAAAAUAGAUGACCAUGACAUGAAUAAAUGUGCUGUACAUUUCAGAAGUUAUUUCCCAUAAUGCAUUUCCAUAGCAAGC